AUGGUGAGGCCACCUUGCUGCGGCAGCGAAGACGACGAGAAGGUGAAGAAAGGCCCCUGGACUGCCGAAGAAGACGCCAAGCUCGUCGACUACAUCACCAACAAGGGCCACACCAACUGGAAGUCGCUCCCCAAGCUGGCGGGUCUCAACCGCUGCGGCAAGAGCUGCCGCCUCCGCUGGACCAACUACCUCCGCCCCGACAUCAAGCGCGGCAAGUUCUCCGAGGAAGAGGAGAGGCUCAUCAUCAACCUCCACUCCGUCCUCGGCAACAAAUGGUCGAGAAUAGCGACGCACCUGUCAGGGAGGACGGACAACGAGAUCAAGAACUACUACAACACGCACAUCAGGAAGAAGCUGCUCCAGAUGGGGAUCGACCCGCAGACCCACAAGCCGAGGACCGACCACAGCCAGAUCGCUCAGAUCAUCAACCUCACCCAGCUGAUCGGGGCGGCUCAGCAGCUCAACAGCAUCAUGAUGCUCAACAACAACGGCAUCAUCGGAAAUAGCAACAACAAUAAUAAUAAUAAUAAUUCCGUCGCUAAUAGUAUAAUUCCGUUGCUACAUCUUUUGAACCCGGCAACCACCUCAGCGGCUUCAACUUUCCUGGCCCAACAACAACAGCAGCAGCAGAUUAUGUCGUCGCAGGAAGAGCUACUAUUGGCUAGACUCUUGAACCCUGCUGGAGCUGGAGCAGUUCAACAGCAGGAACUUUUUUGCAACCAGUUUCUUAACACGUUACCAGCUUUGGCGACGGGUAGAGGGUCGUCGCUAAUGGUCAACAACAACAACAACGGGGCUUUGGCGACCGCAAGGGAGUCUGCUCUGCCGGGGCUGGUUUCGGCGGAGGCUUCGCCGGAGGCGUCAUCGUCGACGUCUCUUGUGCAUCAUAACAACAACGUUAAUGGUGGUGUAGACGGUGUGAUGGAGGCGGGGAACAAUAAUAAUAAUUACCCACACCUAAGCAAUAAUUCUUCCAACUUUUCCGACGGGACGACGGCGUUUAGCUCUCCGGGGACGGCGGCGGAUGUGGAUGACAAUCAGUAUGAAGCUUGGGAGAAGAUGUUGCUGAUGGAUGACGACUUCGUCCCGACCUUUGGCGACAGCGGUUUCUUCUCGUCUUGGAAAGAUGACGAUCUUGUAUUGGAGUAG